UUGUCCCCACCCCAGAUUCCCGUGCAAUUUUCCCCAAUCCCAAACACUUAAUUGAGCAAUUGGGAUUCCUCACGUGUGGGCUGAUUUGUAGUUUGAACACGUGGCUCAUUCAAAAAAGCCGGAAUAGCAGAGGAUUUUUUUUCUCCCCCCCCCCCCUCCUCCUCCUCCUCCUUCUUCUUCUUCUUCUUCUUAUUCUAGGCUCUGGACUCAGAGGCGGGCGCCAGCCUUACCGUGUGUGACAUUCUCUGUCUCUUUGCCAAAGGGGUUUGGAGGAAGACACAAAGUAGUUUCUCCUCCUUUUCACCCAGCCCGCCAUCGUUUGGAGACACGAGAUUAAUAAUUGAGCAUUUAUUUAUUUCGCGAUAGCGACAGAGGGGCGAGGGAGCGCAAACGCACUGUGAGGCUGCCAGUUUAAAUCUAUCUGUGGCUUGGACGACCGGGAAGCACGCCGCGGCCACUCCGUAGUAGUAAAGGCGAUUUAGGCUACUCCAAACAGUGCUCGUCCGCGAGAGCGAACAACUAUCUCUCCCUCAGCGUAAAGAUUGUACCCUUUUCGGCGCAGAACAUGAAUAAGCUAUACAUUGGCAACGUGAGCGCAGAAGCGAGCGAGGAGGACUUCGAAACUAUCUUUGAGCAGUGGAAGAUUCCGCACAGUGGUCCGUUUCUUGUCAAAACUGGCUAUGCGUUUGUGGACUGCCCGGACGAGAAGGUCGCUAUGAAAGCCAUCGAUGUUCUUUCAGGUAAAGUUGAACUUCAUGGGAAACUUCUCGAAGUUGAGCACUCGGUUCCUAAACGUCAAAGGAGCUGUAAACUGCAGAUCAGGAACAUCCCGCCUCACAUGCAGUGGGAGGUUUUGGAUGGUAUGCUUGCGCAGUAUGGUACAGUAGACAGCUGUGAACAAGUCAACACUGACACAGAGACGGCAGUCGUCAAUGUUCGAUAUGGAGCCAAGGACCAGGCCAGGAUGGCAAUGGAGAAGCUGAAUGGAUCUAUGAUGGAAAAGUAUGCCUUGAAAGUUUCCUACAUCCCAGAUGAGACUGCUGUACCAGAGGGUCCUCCAGCGGGGGGUAGGAGAGGCUUUAACACACGGGGACCCCCUCGCUCUAGCUCUCCAGGUCUGGGCGCACGGCCCAAAAUGCAGUCGGACAUCCCACUGCGCAUGCUGGUUCCAACGCAGUUUGUAGGCGCAAUUAUCGGCAAGGAGGGCGCCACCAUCCGCAACAUCACCAAACAGACCCACUCAAAGAUUGACAUCCACAGGAAGGAAAAUGCAGGCGCAGCAGAAAAGCCCAUCACAAUUCACUCCACCCCUGAAGGUUGUUCGAGCGCUUGCAAAACCAUCAUGGAAAUAAUGCAGAAGGAAGCUAAUGACACAAACUUCACCGAGGAGAUCCCACUGAAGAUCCUUGCGCACAACAACUUUGUAGGAAGGUUAAUUGGGAAGGAAGGGCGUAACCUGAAGAAAAUCGAGCAGGACACGGGGACCAAGAUCACAAUCUCGCCUCUCCAGGACCUGACUCUGUACAACCUAGAGCGGACCAUCACAGUGAAGGGCCCCCUGGACGCGUGCGCAAGAGCUGAAGAGGAGGUGAUGAAGAAGGUCGCGGAAUCGUACGACAGCGACAUGGCUGCUAUGAACCUCCAGUCCAACCUGAUCCCAGGCUUGAAUUUGAAUGCUUUGGGUUUGUUCCCCAGCGGAGCACCAGGCAUGGGUCCCAACAUGUCCAGCGGCCCACCUCCUGGAGCCCAUGGUGGAUGUCCCUCAUUUGGAUUCAGCCCCUAUGGGAGUGAGGGGCAACUUUGGGCCUCUAUGCCAUCGGCGAGCAGCCAGCCACUUGCCGGACACCAAGAGUCGGAGACGGUUCACCUGUUCAUCCCUGCGCUUGCCGUGGGAGCCAUCAUAGGAAAACAGGGUCAACACAUCAAACAGCUGUCACACUUUGCUGGAGCCUCAAUUAAGAUUGCCCCAGCUGAAGGAAUGGAUGCCAAGCUAAGGAUGGUAAUCAUUGUCGGACCGCCAGAGGCUCAGUUUAAGGCUCAGUGUCGCAUCUUUGGCAAGCUGAAGGAAGAGAAUUUCUUUGGACCUAAGGAGGAGGUGAAGCUGGAGGCUCACAUCAAGGUUCCCUCCUUUGCUGCUGGACGAGUUAUCGGGAAAGGCGGAAAAACUGUGAAUGACCUGCAGAACCACUCGUGUGCAGAAGUGGUGGUGCCCAGGGACCAGACGCCCGAUGAGAACGACCAGGUCAUAGUCAAGAUUAGUGGACACUUCUUUGCGUGCCAGCUGGCCCAGAGGAAGAUACAGGAGAUUCUAGCCCAGGUGAGGAGGCAGCAGCAGCCCAAGCCCUCACCCGGAGCCCAGCCUCCACAGCCCCGCAGGAAGUAAAGGUCCCGCGGACCUGGAGGAAUGGUGACUGAAUCUGCCAGGAGACUCGACAGAUGGAACGAUGCAGCAGAGUCCAGGGGGAGAAGACAAGGGGUCGUCGUAGCUCAUCUCGGGGGGGUCCAAGGUUACCACCAACCAAACAUCCACCCCCUCCUUGUCUGUCUUGAUGAACAUUCAAGUGUGGCUUAUAAGAGAGCGUACGCCUCUUAACCUCCGCCCACCUCACCUCUCUGCAUCUCCGUGAGAAUGUACUUCUGAGGGCUCCCAACAACGUCACCUGCCCUCACGUGUACACACCCCUCGACCGCCCUCCUCCUCCCCCCACGGGUGUUUAAAAAAAAAAUAUAUAAAAAAAAUUGGAAAAAAAAUUCCCCCUUUUACACUAGAAACACAAAGAAGAAACAAGGACCCCCUUCCUUAUCACCUCCACGGUGUGGUACUUCAAACCUGACAAGAUGUUUUUGGUUGACUUCAGAUUUAGUUGACACUUUUCUUUUUUUUUUUUUCGAUAGCGUUUAAUUGGUUGAAGUUUUCUAAUGAGUUUUCUGUGGAAAGGAAAAGGCAUUGCUACCAAGGUCCCGGUUGGACCAACAGAGAGGUUUAUUUGGGGGGAGGGUUGGCUCAGAUGGGGUGGGCCAUGUUUAGGGGAAAGAUUCUUGUUUCAGGACAGGACCGAAAAGGUGGAUUAUAUUGGGUGUCCUGCCCUUGUAAUGAUAGUGGCAUUUUAUAAAUUCGGAUGCAUUUUAUAGAUAGACCUAUAUACAUAGAUGAAUAUAUAUUUAGAGGUGAGGGCAGCACCACAACUGACACUUAGGGAAACGGUGCCGAACUGCUGCUGCCCAGGAAAACCAAUUUAAUAUGCAUUUUACUUAACUACCUCAGGAUCUAGUACCUCAGAAGAGAAAAAAAAUGAUUAUAUAUAUAUGAAAAAAAUGUUCCUUUCUUUUUUUAUUUUUGCUUUUGUGGUAUUUUGUAUACUUUAUAAAGCUGAUAGUCUUUGAACAUUUUUAUUUUUUUAAGAAAAAUUUAAAAUUUGGUCAGCUGCCAACUGACCUCGCUUUCAACUCUGGUGCUUUAGGUGACAUUGUACAUGUGUAUGUGUGACUUAAGAUGACCCUGUACAUAAAGUCUAUUUGUACAUAGCAGCGCCGGAGCGAGAGUUGGCGCCCCCUCAGCUGGCGGCUGACAGGAGUAUCCAGAGAAAAUCGCCUCAGUUUUUCCCCUGAGGGUCCACCAUCUUUCUGAAAUCUACAAAACAACUGAGACAUGCAAACAACGCCGACCGUAAAUAAUUGCAGCAAUGCCAUAUAGUUUUGGGAUUGACAUUGUUAUUGGCAAUGGUACUUUAAUUUGUCAAAAGAAAUUUCCUUUUCGCCUUCCUGCAGGGGCUGUGGACAUGUAAAGGGCCCCUCCGCGGCCGCCCCGGAGUCGGCAGCGCGUCUGUCUGCGUGUCUGUCUGUGGGCUGCCCUGUCCUGCGCAGGCCACCCGCCACCUUCUUGACAAUGAUGUCUUAAGAGAAGUCCAAGCCCCGACCAGGUUUAUAUUCAUAGAGCAAGCUUUGUCAGUUCGGCGUGGCCCUCGUAGCCAGGUCAUCGAGUCAAUGUUAACGUCGUUCACUGCAUGGUGAUGUUAGGGGGAGUCACACUGAUAGACGCUUUUUUCUUUUUUCUUUUUGCGCUUUAGUAAAAAACAAAUGAUUUAAAAAAAAAGAUUUAAAAAAAAAAAAAAGAAGACAUUUCUCUGUAAACCCUCAAAUGUAACUUUGAUGUUUCAAUUUGUUCAUGCAGGGAAAAUGAGCCAGAAAAAAGGCACACAGAAUACUGACUGAACCCUGACUGGGAGUAAGGAUAGAGGAGAGAAAUCCAAAACGUAUACAAUUUUUUUUUUUUUUGAAUAUUUUUUUAUUUUUAAAUUUCAUUUGUCUCGUCAUGCCGAAUGUAAAUAUAUUGAUUGUGGUAAAAGUGCUUGAGUGUAUCCAUGCUUCCACAGUAGAACGCCGUCUACCUCAGCUGAGGGGGUGGGGGUGGGGUCGCUGCAGCACUGGGCUCCCCCGCCCUGCCCCCACUGAGCGCCAGCGCGCACCGAUACCUCAGUCCCCCGAACACUUCUUUUGACAUGGGCGCGCCAUCCUAACACCGCGCUCAACUGAGGGGCACAAGUGAUACUUAAAAUUAUCCCCGUCAUCCCGAUCCCCUUCCUGCCAGACCACCCUCCCCCACCCCCGCAGUUUGUUUUGAUCUACCUCUUUAGACGCAUAUUUGAAGUAGAGGCAUUCUUCUAUUUGUUAGGAUUUAGCAGCCCCCCCCCCCCCCCCCUUGACGCCUCCCCAUGCUUCCCCAGAUAUGAAUGGAAACUUAAACUGAAAUCAUGUACUCUUUAGAAUUUGAGAGAAUAAUUGAAAGUGAUAAAAAAAAAUAUUUUUCUUUUGCCAGUGUUUAUAUAUACUCUUUUUGGCUUAAUUGAUCUCAACUGGUGGCUAUUUCUUUCUGCUUUCUAUCUUUGGUGGUGUGGCUUACAUGUAUUUGAACUUUUGCUUGGUUUUUUCUUUCUUUUUUUUGGUGAAAAAAAGGUCAAAUCACGCGUUUGAUUUUGCAUUCAAUAGUUAAAACGAGAAAAAUAACUUUUUUUCUUUAAAAAAAAAAAAAGGGCCUGCCUUUUUUUGUUUCUGAUUUGUAAGACUUCAAAAUAGAUACAAGUCCUGUACUUUUUUUUUUUUCCCCCUUUGUCUUUCACAGUUGCUACACUCACUCGCUGAUUUGGUAGCCAUUUUCUUCUGUUAGCAUUUCUUGGCUGUGUAAUGUGGAACAUCCUCUUGGUAUGGGACAGAUUUGUGGGACUGGGUCUCGGAGUUCUUUGAAAAAGUGAUGUAAACUUCAGCAUGAUAUUUCCCUCCUCCCCCUCUCUGCAACCAUGCUUGUGCCCCUUCACCUCCCCCUCGCACACAGCUCCACUUGUCAAAUGCCUCUGAAUUAAAAAAAAAAAAAAAUCUAAAUAA